AUGCUGGUGUACGUUGAUGAUAUUGUGAUUGCUGGCUCUACCCCCGCCGUGGUGGAUCGUCUUGUGCAGUCGUUGUCUGCUAGCUUUCCCAUCAAAGAUUUGGGUCACCUCGAGUACUUUCUUGGUUUGGAAGCGUCCUUUCAUUCAGGGGGCAUGACCUUGACGCAGAAAAAGUAUGCUUUGGACCUUCUUCACCGCGUCAACAUGGAGAACUGCAAGGCCACUUCCACUCCGCUUCCUACAUCCGAGAGUCUCUCACGUCAUAGUGGUGCACUACUGGGUAGAGAUGACUCCUUUCGGUAUCGCAGUGUGGUUGGAGCACUUCAGUAUUUGACCCUCACUCGUCCUGAUAUCUCCUUCGCAGUGAACAAAGUGCACAUUUCGCUAUCUGGAGAGAAGCACAUGAGAAUUACAUGGGUUACAGAUGACAACUCUGUCCCCUCAGUUGUGGACUAUGGAACUAAGUCCAACACAUACACAUCCUCAUCUAAUGGAGAAAGCACGUCCUACAGCUACUUGAUGUACAGCUCGGGAAAGAUCCACCAUGUUGUUAUUGGACCUCUUGAAGACAACACUAUAUACUACUACCGAUGCGGAGGACGAGGUUCAGAGUUCCAACUUAAGACACCCCCUUCCCAGUUCCCGCUGUCAUUGGCUGUUGUAGGCGAUCUCGGGCAGACCAGUUGGACAACAUCAACAUUAAACCACAUUAAGCAAUGUGAAUAUGACAUGCUCUUACUUCCCGGUGAUCUCUCAUAUGCUGAUUAUAUGCAACAUUUGUGGGAUUCCUUUGGUGAGUUGGUGGAGCCACUUGCUAGCACCCGGCCCUGGAUGGUGACACAAGGCAACCAUGAAAAGGAGAGGAUACCAUUUUUGAAGUCUGGAUUUCAAUCAUAUAAUGCACGAUGGAAGAUGCCUUAUGAAGAGAGUGGCUCCACAUCAAAUUUGUACUACUCAUUUGAGGUUGCAGGGGUGCAUGUUAUAAUGCUAGGCUCUUAUACAGAUUAUGAUGAGAGUUCAGAUCAGUAUGCUUGGCUUAAGAAGACCACCUUUUCUGCUUUACAGGCUGAUCUUGCCAACAUAGAUAGAAAGAGGACCCCGUGGCUCGUUGUUCUGUUGCAUGUGCCAUGGUAUAACAGCAACUGGGCUCAUCAGGGUGAAGGUGACAGUAUGAUGAACGCGAUGGAGCCUUUGCUACAUGCCGCUCAUGUGGAUAUUAUAAUCGCAGGUCACGUGCACGCCUAUGAACGCACGGAGCGAGUCUACAAAGGUGGGGUUGAUCCAUGUGGCGCUGUUCAUAUAACGAUCGGCGAUGGUGGAAACCGGGAAGGCUUGGCCCGCAGGUACCAUAAUCCGAAACCACUCUGGUCGGUCUUCCGGGAAGCGAGCUUUGGGCACGGUGAGCUGAAGAUUGUCAACUCCACGCACGCGCACUGGACUUGGCACAGGAACGACGACGAAGAGCCUGUGAGAACAGAUGAUGUGUGGAUAACCUCGCUGGCUGGUUCGCAGUGCGUCCAGGACAGCAGCAGCCGCGAGUUCAGGAAGAUACUCAUGUCCCCUUGA